AUGACCUGGCCGUCUGAAAAGACCCUCAACAGCAUCAUCGAAAGCGACAAACGAGCCAUUCUGACCUUUCAGAAGAACGGCUACCUCCAGGAUCGAUUCCUCCCGGGAGUUCAACAUAUCUGGGCUAACACCGACGAAGUCGAUGUUCUCCAAGAGAGACUGGAGAACGGCCAGAGUCUCCGAAGGCCAUACGGUUGGUUCUACAGCGCCAUGGCCCAGACGACGGCGCAGGGCGUAUGGUCGGUCAUAUUCGACAAGUAUCGCGGUGGCGUCCGUGGUCUGGCUCACAGAGAUAACUUCCGGAUCUCAUCCUGGUACUCGGAAGAUCAGUCCAUGAGGGAUGGAGCUAACAUUAUCGCCAUGGACUACUUCGCAAGCUCGGACAUGGUGGAUAUCUGCAAAUCUAUCAAUUCAGAGCGAGUCGCACGGGCAAGCGAUGGAAUUUCCAAUGAAGUCAAAACGACGAAAAAGAAGUGACGUGUUGGUGGAUGUGCUUCAGCGUCUUCCUCAGAUUCGGCGAGUUUUUCCAGCGGUAAUCCAAUCAGUGAGUUGUCAUGCGACUCGCUCGAAUGAGGGAGGCCGGAAGAAGGGAC